CGUGUCUCCAAAAACCGAAGAGAAAGAAAGAAAAACAAACAAAAAACAAAAAGUCAUUUGUUCAAGGGGAAGAGCCACAGAAUGAUGACAACAUAUGAAGGUUCCAAGUAGUCUGAGGAGCUGGUUGGAGGUAUCAGAAGGCCAUCAAUAGCUGUGGCGUGGUAAUGAUCACAAUUUUCCUAACUUGAAGUUUUACAAGGCAGGGCUAAGAAAGGAGUCAGAUGGGAAAGGCUUCACAGAGGAAGCGGCGUGACUGUGAGAACACAUCAAAGCCAAAGACUUGUUUAAACACCUCAAUCCCCUUGAGGAUGUCCAGUUAUACAUUCAAGAGGCCAGUCACUAGAAUCACAUCCCAUCAGGGUAAUGAGGUAAGAUAUCAUCAGUGGGAGGAGACCUUGGACAAGCCUCAACAAGCCUGCUGGCAGAAGAGACUGCAAGGACUCCAGGCCUAUAGCAGUGUAGGAGAACUUUUGAGCACUUCAGAUCUUGCCAAGGCUUUGCAAGACCUUACACCUAGAGGCACAGAUUCAUCUGUUUCAGAGACUCAAGCCAACAGCAUUGACUUCAGGCCCAUGCCCACCCAUGAGUCAUCUUCAAAUUUGGUGGAGAUGAUUCCAGAAGCAGGUAUGCCACAGAUCCUUUGCAAUCAAUUUCUCGUCACCGAAGAAGAUAUUAGAAACCAGGAAAGGAAAGUGAAAAAAGCAAGAGAAAGACUGGCAGGUGCAUUGAUUGCACACAAGCUAGCUAACGAGGCAGAGAAAAUGAGGGAGUCAAGGAAGGCAAGCUUAUAAACACAGGGAAGGGAUCUGGGGAGCAAAUA